UUUCUGCUUCUACUUCUCGUAGCUGCUGCUUCACUCUUUCUCUUUACAGGAAGUUGUAGAAGUUUUCAGACGUGUCGCUGCUGGAUGUGAGGAUGGGACCCACUUUGCUCUGUGAGCUGGGCCUAUUCUUGCUCUGUACGCUCCUCUGCACUGGACACGCUCAAGAUGCUGUGUUAACUAUUGAACCCAACUGGUCCAGUUUUUUCAUUGGAGAGUUUGUUACCUUCAUGUGUGACAUGAAUGAAGGAGCAGACACUGACUGGUAUUACACACUCUACAAGGAUGGUCGAGAUUUUGUCCCCUCCAACACAAACAAAUACUACAGAUUACCAAUAACAUCUACAGGUGACAGUGGUGAAUAUCAGUGCUUUGGUAACAGGAAGAUUUCACGUUAUACAAAGCGCAGUAACACUGUCUCUGUAACUGUAUCAGAUAAACCCAGGGCCACACUGACAGCAGGAACAACAAUUAUACCAGUAGGGGGCAGUGUGACACUGACCUGCUCUGUGGGGAGAUCUGCUGAGUGGAAAUAUGAGUGGUUCAGACGCACCCAAAGAACCACUGAAGUUCAAAUCAGAAGAGAUGAUCAACCAAACAGAGUUAUCAGAGUAACUCAAGGAGGAAUCUACAGAUGCAGAGUAAGAAGAGGAAACUCAGUUUACUACACUGAUAAAAGUGAUGAAGUCAGCAUUCAGAUAACCUUUUCCAAUAAAGUUGCUGUAAAACAACAACAACACAACUGGACUCAGAUAUUCAGCGGUGAGACGAUCACUCUGACAUGUGAGGUGCAGGAAGGAGGUGAACCCACUGAGUGGGAGUAUGGAUGGAGAGGACCCAGACAAACCACACAGUGGACACACAAUAAUUCUUUGACAUUCAGAGUUUCUGAGUCCAGCAGUGGAGACUACAUGUGUAAGAGUCGACGCAGAGAUGACUCAUAUUCUUCAACAGAGUGGAGUGAAGCCUUCACACUGUCAGUAACAAGUCGACCAAAGGCUCAACUGAGAGCUGAUAUUAGAGACAUUCUAGUAGGGGGCAGUGUGACCCUGACCUGCUCUGUGAACCCAUCAUCAUCAUCAUCAUCAUCAUCAUCAUCAUCAUCAUCAUCAUCAUCAUCAUCAUCUGGAUGGAAAUACUACUGGUACAGAGAUGAGAAACACUCUGAACCUCUGACCACACAAGAUGCAGUUUUCCUCUCAAAUGGACAAAUCAGAGUCUCACAGGAAGGACUCUACAGGUGCAGAGGAGGAAGAGGAGACCCAGUUUACUACACAGAGGACAGUCAGUCAAUUAGGAUUGGGAACACUGCCUCAAACAAAGCUGUUGUGACUCUGCAUCCAAACUGGACUGAGAUAUACAGAGGAGAGACGAUCACUGUCAGAUGUGAGAUCCAUGGAGGAGACACUGAGUGGGAUUAUGAAUGGGAAACAAACAGCUCCAGAAAACCUGAAAAUCAAAAUGAAUACAGGAUUAGAUCUGCUUCAUCAUCCAACAGUGGAAACUACCGCUGUAAGGGCCGAAUGAAAAGUUCACAGCAUAAAACAACAGAGUGGAGUGAUUCAGUCACACUGACAGUUUCUGACAUUGGGGUGAAGAUGGGUCUGCAGGGGAAGGUCAGCCCCUUGCAGGCCAAAGAAGUGAGACAGAAACUGCUGAUCAGUAGUGUUUCAUCGUCGCUUUGGGUGAUUGUGAGUGACUUCAUUUGCCGAAGUGUCGCCAUCUUACUUUGCUCCCAAAGCCCCAAAGUCUUCACUGUAUACACCCACGACUGUGUAUCCAACAUGGACAAUACCAUCAUCCACAAACACGCUGAUGACACCACCAUCCUGGGCCUCAUCAAGGGUGGGGACGAGACCGGGUACAGGGCGGUGGUCGACAGCACACUUUCUUAUGGAGAGGAAAACGACCUCAUCUUCAACAUAGAAAAGACUACAGAGAUCAUCACUGACUUCAGGAAGAAAGCCCCUCAACUGUACCCCCUCACCAUCAGGGGCACUGACGUGCAGAGAGUGGACAGCCACAAGUUCCUCGGCCUUCAUCAUCUGCCCUGA